UAACUCAGAUAGAAAUAGACAGGGAGAGGGAGAGGGAGAGGGAGAGAGAGAGCAAUAAGAAGUAACCCUAGGAGAGAGAGAGAGACUGAUCGUUCUAGAUUCUUUGGAUUCCGGAAUUUGUUGCUCCUUUUUCUUGUAUGGAGUUGUGAUCACAGGAGAUAAGAUCGUUUUUAGUUAGGGUUUCAUCAGUUUUGGUGAUUUUUUCAAGUGUAGAUGGCAGGAUACUUGUCGAUGAAGAUGAAACGGAAGGGCCUCGAAGAAGUGUACGAUGAAUUCUCAGACUUCUCUUUGUCUUCCCCGGCGAGAAAGAUCAGGAGACUGGAUGUGGAGUUGCCACCGAUCAUGGAAGAAGAGGAAUCCCCAGAGAUUCCUGUAGCUUUUGAUCGACCACCUUCUGGAGACUUAGGUAUCAGUGCACGACAGUCGGCAGCUACAGGGACGGAAGCACUGCCUUCUGCUCCCUUGAAUGAAGAGAGGGCUCUUGUGCUAUACAAGCCAAUGAACAAGCCAUUAGUGGAAAUUAUUGUGAACUCGGAUUUGAUUCCUGGAUUAAGAAAUCAUGGCUUCUGGUCAGAGCAGUCAAACCAAGUAAGGAGAGUGGAAGAUGAAGCAACGGAUUCAAGCACAAACACAGGGGCCAAAAAUGGCUGCUUAGCUGUUGUUCCAUGGGUGGUUCCAACUCAAUUUCUUCCAAACUCUGGAACAGAGGGGAUGCCAGCAACUGUAGUUUCAGAACAAAUGGAAGCUGAAGGAGGAGUGGACACUGAGAUGAUGGAGAUCGAAGAUGACAAUGUACAGGUCACUGGAGGUCAAGCAAAGGAAAUAGGAGGUGGGGUUGAGGGGGGAAGUGAAUCUUGGCAGCAAUGGCAGCAACAGCACUGUCUCACUCCACAGCUCCCUCAGAACACAUCUGCACCCAUCAUGUGGUCUUGGUAACAGAUUCAAUCUCAAUUGAGAGCCUGUGAUAUCUGGGUUGAGAGACUAGAUGAGAAAGACAAAAGAGUAUUUUCAUGGGAGAUGGGUUCCUCGCAUACUUUUGUUGUCAAUUGACUUUGGGAAGAUCUUUGUACAAAAAAAAUGUAGGCAGUAUGAACUGUCGAUGCUUUCUGGAAUUGACAAUUCUUGAGAUGUUCUCAGCUC